UUAGUCAGUCAACAAAAGAUGACCAAUUCCUCCACGGCCAUACCUUGGUGGACACGUCUCACUCCUCUGCUUCUCAAGUCUCAACACCAAAAUUUCAAUUCUUCUCAAUUUUGUAAAAUUUAAAAUCUCAAUUGCAAAGACUCGUGGAGGACGACCUCUGCUCCAUUGUUGGUCAAUCUCAUCUUCAAUGGGGCUCCGAUGGUUCCUGGAAAUGGCCUCACCUUCUGUUAUCUAUUUAAACAUCUCCAUUUCUGCUCCACUCUCUGCCAUCGCCAUUUUACCUUCAAAGCUCUUUCUUCUUUCUUUCUUCAGCAUCAGCCAUGGCCUUGGACGGCUCUACCGCCGAAGCAAAGCUAGCAAAUGCCAAGGCUCUGCUUACUGCCGCCGCCUCCUUCGCCGCCACCGUCGUCCUUGCUCGCUCCGUCGCCCAAGACCUCCUUCCGCCGCAACUCCGAGAAUAUUUCUAUGUUGGCUUCCGGAACAUCUUCAGCCGCUUCUCCAACCAACUCACCAUGGUGAUUGAGGAGAUGGACGGCCUCGGCCCCAAUCAAAUCUACGACGCCGCCGAGACCUAUUUGGCCACCAAAGUCUCCCCCUCCACUCACAGGCUCAAAGUCAGCAAGCCCGAGAAGGAGGAUAACAUCACCACCACCAUCGAAUCCAACGAGGAAGUAAUCGACAUCUUCAAUGGCGUCAAAUUGCAGUGGUUCCUCGUCUGUAACCAAAUCCAGAGGGAGAAUUUCCACAACCCUCGUUUGCCCUACAAAUCCACGGUCCGCUCCUUCGAGCUCUGUUUCCACAAGAAACACAGGGAAAUGAUCCUCAAAUCCUAUUUGCCCCAUGUUCUGCUCCAAGCAAAACUGUUGAAGCAGCAGACUAAAACCCUCAAGAUCUUCACCUUCGAUCCCCAGCACAUGUACAACCGCUUGUCGAAUUUGUGGAUCCCGACGAAUCUGGAUCACCCUGCCACGUUCGAUAAGCUUGCGAUGGACUCCGAAAUCAAGGGUUUCAUUCUGAGGGAUCUUGAACGAUUUGUGCAGAGGAAGGAGUUUUACAGGAAGGUGGGAAAGGCCUGGAAGAGAGGUUAUCUGCUGUACGGUCCGCCAGGAACAGGGAAAUCGAGCUUAAUCGCGGCAAUGGCCAAUUACUUGAAAUUCGAUGUGUACGAUUUGGAGUUAGCGGAGAUCCAGCGGAAUUCGGAUCUGAGGAAAUUGCUUAUGGGAAUGGCGAAUCGUUCGAUUCUAGUGGUGGAGGAUAUUGAUUGUUCGAUCGAGUUUCGUGAUCGACAAUCGGAAGGCGGAGAAGAGGAUGAUCCAGAAUCUUCUUCAUCGAGAAGAAGGGGACUGGUGACGUUAUCGGGACUGCUGAAUUUCAUCGACGGGCUGUGGUCGUGCUGCGGCGACGAGAGGAUAAUCAUAUUCACGACGAAUCGUAAAGAGAAGCUGGAUCCGGCGUUGCUCCGACCGGGAAGAAUGGAUGUUCACGUUCACAUGUCGUACUGCAGCCCCUGCGGAUUCAGGCUGUUGGCGUCAAAUUACGUAGGGAUUAAGAAUCACGAAUUGUUUUCUGAGAUCGAGGAAUGGAUUCUGAGGGCAAAAGUGACUCCGGCAGAGGUGGCGGAGCAACUGCUGAAGGGCGGCGACGGUGAGAAAGCAUUGAGCGAUUUGAUUGAAUUUCUGAAAACCAAAACGAGGGGAAAUGAAGAAGCCGAGGCUAAAAUCCGUCAAGAAAAGGAAGGGGAAGAAGAAGAAAAUGGUACAGGGACAGUGUCCUGAGGACUGAAGUCCGCCAUUGAUAAUAUAUUUGAACCUCUCGGACGAAGUAGCCCAUGAAUUUACAUAUUUAUCCCUAAAUUUCAAAAUCUCACCAAAUGGAAUCUGAAUUUACAAUUACAAUUACAUGUUAAUGCCUAAACUUCAAAAUAUCAUUAAAAUAUCUUUCUGAA